ACAGGGUGCGUCAGAGUAGUUUGGCUCUCGAGGAAUCGACUAUCUUCUCUUUUUCAGUCUCGGGGCUUCUCAAAAAAGAGCCAUACGUCUCAAUGUCCGACGGGCUAUGACAACGUCACUGCUUCUCCGCCCGCGUUGGAUUGACCCGGUCAUGUUUCUCUAUGAUAACGGUGGCGGCUUGGACGACACCGGCAAGAAUAUGGAAGGGUUCACGGGAGGUAACUUCUCGCCAAGCCCGUGCAGGAAUUUGAUGGCUCACCCUGCCUCUCUUGCUCCCAGCGCUGCUUAUCCGUCAAGCGACGUGGUUGCCGCUGGAGCGGGUGAGACUGGGAAGCAAUGCAGCCCCUGCGCAGCCGUCCAGGGUUCAGCCAGCGCUUCAAUUUCCUACGGAUAUUUCGGUGGCGGCGGAUACUAUCCUGGCCGAAUGUCCCAUCACCAUGGGGGCGGUGGAGGUGUGAAGACAUGCGCCCAGUCCCCCGCCUCUGCCUCACCUUACGGGGAAAAAUACAUAGAUACGUCUUCUUCCACCGGCGAAGAUUACACGUCCUCGCGCGCCAAAGAGUUUGCCUUCUACUCGAGCUACGCCUCGAGUCCGUAUCAGCCAGUUCCCAGCUAUCUGGACGUGCCCGUAGUCCAGGCUAUGAGCGGGCCUGAGCCCCGGCAUGAGUCCUUAUUACCAAUGGAGAGUUACCAACCGUGGGCUAUCACAGCCGGUGGCUGGAACGGGCAGGUCUACUGCACCAAAGAGCAGCCACAGACGGGAAACGUCUGGAAAUCGACAUUACCAGAUGCAGGGUCUCACGGAGGGGCAGACGGUAGCUCUUUUCGCCGCGGGAGGAAGAAACGUGUUCCAUACACCAAAGUGCAGCUGAAGGAGCUUGAAAGGGAGUAUAACGCAAACAAGUUUAUCACCAAGGACAAACGCAGGCGGAUAUCUGCUCAGACCAACCUGUCUGAACGACAGGUUACUAUCUGGUUCCAGAACCGACGGGUCAAGGAGAAAAGGGUCGUCAACAAAUUAAAAAGCAACAGUUAGCUUUCCUCUGUGUAAAUGCAUUUGAACAAUUUUAAACAGCGAUGGCCCACACGCACUCAAGGCUAUGUAAUUAUAGACGUUUAACGAAGAUUUGUUUUCCUUGGACUACCGCUUUGAAGUGACCACUUUGGAUCGGACAUGGUUGAUGGUGACGCGGUGAGUCAUUUCUGGGCUACACACGGUGUAUGGCCAUAUUCCCAACUCAGGACAAAGACGGUCAAAAGAUAAGUUUGAUUGUUGGGAUUAUUUUCUGUUCACCAAAAUAUCUAGUGGAGAGAAAUACAUUGGAUAUUGAUACUGUAACUCUUUACAGUGUGGUACGACUUUUCUUUCAUCGCAUCCAGUGUCGAUUAAAAUUGAAAUUAUGCUUUACUUGGAGUCUCAAGUUCGUGAAAUUUCGUCUAAUGCUGGCGUAUAUCAGGAAUGGAGCCUGUAUUUUAUAAAGGCCAUGUACAAUCCGUGGUUAUAUUUGUGCCAAAUAAUGUACAAUAUAGACUUACUGUGUGUUUGUGUUAAAGAGUAGCCUACCUUAAUUGUGUUUUGUCGUUGUGUUGAGCAAAAUGCGUCCUAAUAAACUAUUCAUAAGAAAAA